ACGCCCGGGAACGGGGCCACGCCCAGAGAUUACGUGCCGCGUACGUGGCCCAGCGCGGGCGAGCGGCGCGGCUCGGGGGGACUGUCCCACAGCGCGCCGAGCGGGCGGGGCCAGGCCCAGCGGCAGCCACGCGGCGCAACCAGCCCAAACAGAAGGGCCUCGCGAGGUAGGGGAGGAGGAGGCCAAGAGCGGCGGCUGUGGCGGGGCGAGCGGCGGGCAAUAAAGAUCGCGACCCCGUCUCGGCUUCGAUUCCGCCCUUCCCAGACCUGAGACCCCGCCCCGUCUUCUUCUCCCUAGCCUAGCUGCAUCCCCCCACUGCCCCUCCUCGGAGUAAGGAAAGCCGCUCUGGCACCAGCUCCUCCUCCUGCCUCCCCUGCUCCGCCUUCCCGUCCCGGUCUGGAGCAGAGAUGGGUGUUUUUAGUGGAACACCUCCAAGCUGCCCCUCGUCCCGGCACUGCGCAGAAUGGGCCCGAACCUACCUAAAGUACUGUUUGUGCAGCCAGAAGGACAGCGCUGCCCUUGCACUUGGGCUGAUCAGUGUCAUCAGCUGGGGCGUCGCUGAGGUGCCGCAGAUAAUAACAAAUUACAGACAAAAGUCAACCGAGGGGCUCUCAGUUGCAUUUCUAAUGACCUGGAUAGUUGGGGAUAUGUUUAACCUUAUCGGCUGCUUCCUGGAACCUGCUACUCUGCCGACCCAGUUUUACAUGGCAUUGCUGUAUACAAUAACUACUGUGAUCCUAACAGGACAGACGGUAUACUAUAGCCACAUCUACCACCGUCUUAAAGCCAAGAAAUCCAGGGCAACUAGCAAGCCUCAGAAGCAUCAGCGUGGGGAUACUUCAUUACGUGAAAAGCUUUUGGGCGCCAAGGAUGGUGGGGCAUCCGGAAACAACCACCAAUCAGAUGCUACAAUUCCUAUUCCAAGCUCACCUAUUCCUGUUAAUACGGAAUUUACCGAACAAUACCAUGCUCCAAGCAGCCCCACCUCAGACUACUACUAUGUGUCAGCUAGAUCUUUAUCAAGGAGUCCAGUGCCAACUGCUGGUACAUGGUUGGGCAAUAGUCGCCUGUCAUCAAGGACUCCUCCACAAACGAAUGGACAAAGGGAACCUUUAAUUGGUGAGGUCACUACAGCACAAUCUGCACCACCUUCAAGAACGAAAAAUGCCUUCUCAGUGGUACCAUGGAUGGGUCUACUGUUGGGCACGUGUCUCUUGCACUUUUUAGUUGGGAACACACAUAGGGAGGUGCCAAGUGGAACUGUCAUACCAGUGGGAAGAAGGCUUUUACUGUUUACGGAUGUUCAAGGACAUUCAUCUCUCAGCCAUGGCAUUGGAAGCGAAAUUGGAAGCUUUCUUGGUUGGGCAAUGGCAAUAAUCUAUAUGGGUGGACGGCUGCCCCAGAUCUUUUUAAAUAUGCAAAGAGGCCACGUGGAGGGGCUCAAUCCAUUAAUGUUUACCUUUGCUAUAGUAGGGAAUUCGACAUAUGUAGGAAGUAUACUUGUAAAUAGCCUGGAAUGGUCAAAACUUAGACCAAAUCUGCCUUGGCUUGUAGAUGCUGGAGGAUGCGUCAUCUUGGAUUCUUUUAUUAUUCUUCAGUUCCUUUAUUUUCAUUACCGGAAACAAAGUGAGCCUUCAGAUGAGCAUGACAAUGCAGAUAAAGCUUAAUCAACAGCAAGAUAAAUUCCUUUCCUUCUUCAGAGCAAAAGACUUGAAUGCACCUGCCAGUGGCCCAGCAUUUCCGGGAUGCGCUAGCGUUCAUUUGUUACACGGAAGAACUCAAAAGGCAUUUUCUGGGGUAUUGUUUCAGAAGUUGGUGCGUGGAGGGUGACUCUGAGCGAGCAUCACGUGGAAAUGCUUCUGGCAAUUCUUCUGCUUUGUAGUACUUACUAUAUCAGAAAUUCAGAAUGUCUCGUUGCAUGUAGUACGCCAGUACAGAAUGUCGACUGGCUUUCUUUCGUUUUGUAGCUUCUACUUUUCCCUGUAAACUUGCAGUUGCAGAGUAUGUGUAUUCGAGACGGUAUCAUCGGAUAACAAUGUGUUGAUUCUUAUCAAGAAAGUUUUUUUAUCA